UUUAAAUGGAUCCAUUUUCAAAAUUUGUCCGACGGAAAGAAGAGACUCCCGUCAAAAUCAAGGUCGCCCUCUCUCUCUCUCCUCCCGUGGAGCUUCACUCAACGUCGAAAUCCCCUCAUUCUCCAUUUUUCUUUCUAAACCUAGCUCCCAAAUCCAAGCUCAAACCGAGGAGGAGUUUGCAAUCGCCAAUGAGAUCCUACUUGAAGGUCCUAGCGUACGGCAUUGGCGGCGUGGCGGUGGUGGGGCUGGCGGCGCUGGUGGCGCUGCAGGAGAAGAUGGUCUACGUCCCGGCGCUCCCCGGCCUCCCUCGGUCCUACUCCUUCACCCCCGCUCGCCUCCGAUUGGACUACGAGGACGUCUGGCUCACUUCCCAAGACGGCGUCCGCCUCCACUCUUGGUUCGUCAAGCACUCCCCUCCGGUCAAAGGUCCAACAAUACUCUUCUUCCAAGAGAAUGCUGGCAAUAUUGCUCAUCGUCUUGAAUUUAUUCGCGUGAUGCUGCAAAGGCUGGAAUGCAAUGUGUUUAUGCUUUCAUAUAGAGGGUAUGGAGAAAGUGAUGGUUACCCAUCACAGCAUGGAAUUAUAAAGGAUGCUCAGGCAGCAUUGGAUCAUCUUACUAAAAGAGAUGAUAUUGACACAUCUAGAAUAGUUGUUUUUGGUAGAUCUCUGGGAGGUGCUGUUGGUUCAGUGAUUGCAAGAAACAAUCCUGAUAAGGUUUCUGCUUUGAUUAUGGAGAACACAUUCACCUCCAUUCUGGAUAUGGCUGUGUCAUGUCGUGUCAUGCUUCCCUUCUUAAAGUGGUUCAUUGGUAGCAGUGCGUCAACAGGUCCAAAGUUUCUCAAUUUUCUAGUACGAUCACCAUGGAGUACCAUUGAUAUUGUUGCGGAGAUCAAACAGCCCAUUUUAUUCUUGUCUGGGUUGCAAGAUGAGUUAGUACCUCCUUUUCACAUGCAAAUGCUGUAUGAUAAAGCACGUGAACAUAAUGACCGUUGUCUAUUUGUUGAUUUUCCAUCUGGUAUGCAUAUGGACACAUGGCUUUCUGGUGGCGAUCGCUACUGGAGAACAAUUCAGUUAUUCUUGGAACAGUAUGCUUCAGAGAAACAGGAAAUCAAGUUGAGUCACAAAGUUGACGGCAACAAUGAAACCUUUUGUACUCUGAAGAAGAUGAAUGUUUCACACAGUGAGAAGAUCACCAAGAGGCAAGGCAGCGCCCUGAAGAUGCCCAAGAUGUGAUUGUAGUAUGUCAAUUUUAGUUUCAAAAUUAGUACUAUGUUAAUUUUGUGAAACUGUCCUAAAUUAACUUUACAAUUUGAAACGUAACAGUUGCAUAAAGCCAAUGUUUCAUAUUCAAGGUCAGGAAAUAUUCUUUAUGGACUUCUUGUUCUUUUAAAUACAAGUUUGUUACGAAAUGA